CGAGAAUAUUUCCAGCGCGAUGCACAUGAUCCGAACUCACUAGUAAAGAACCCAACGUUCUGGUGCUCAAAACCAUUUAAACCCUAAAGGCUAAAACCCCAACGUCUCUCUUUCCCCAUGGCACCGGUGGCGAGUAAAGCCAAUCCUCUCCUCUCAAAAGUACCAUGGCGGCGAAUCAUACUCCGCAGAAUUUCCGGUGGCGGCAUUGCACGCGCACCAUCCUCGUCAACUGCCACCGAGUCCGAAACUGUAAUAGCCGGAACGAAAUUUCUAGAGACGUUCUCCGAGGAGUUCGAAAUCGGAUCGCGAAAAAUUACUUUGGAAACUGGUAAAAUUGCGCGAUUUGCAAACGGCGCUGUUGUUCUGGCUAUGGAAGAGACCAAAGUGCUGUCCACAGUUGCCUCAGCUAAGAGUGACGGCACUCGUGACUUCUUGCCCCUCACUGUUGAAUAUCAGGAGAAACAGUUUGCUCAGGGUAUGAUUCCGAACACAUUUAUGCGGAGGGAGGGUGCUCCAAAAGAACGUGAACUAUUAUGUGGUCGUCUCAUUGAUCGACCUAUAAGACCCCUCUUUCCACCUGGAUUUUACCAUGAGGUCCAGGUCAUGUCAAGUGUUCUUUCUUCUGAUGGGAAACAAGAUCCAGAUGUCAUGGCAGCCAAUGCUACAUCCGCUGCUCUGAUGUUAUCAGAUAUUCCAUGGGGUGGCCCCAUUGGAGUAAUACGUAUAGGGAGGAUUUCUGGUCAGUUUAUUGUUAAUCCCAGCAUGGAUGAGCUUAGUCUGAGCGAUCUUAACUUGGUAUAUGCAUGCACGAGAGACAAAACUUUGAUGAUAGAUGUCCAAGCACGUGAGAUAUCAGAGAAAGACUUAGAAGCUGCUCUAAGAUUGGCUCAUCCUGAAGCAGUGAAAUAUCUCGAGCCUCAAAUAAGGCUGGCAGGCAAAGCUGGUAAACAGAAAAAGGAGUAUAAGUUAUCCAUGGUGUCCGAGGAAACAUAUGAAAAAAUUAGGAGUUUGGCUGAAGCUCCCAUUGAAGCUGUAUUUACAGACCCUACAUAUGGCAAGUUUGAAAGGGGAGAAGCCUUGGAUAAUAUUACGCAUGAUGUCAAAAAGAAACUUGAAGAAGAAUGUGAUGAGGAAGGCCUGAAAGUUCUAUCCAAAACAGUAGAUACUGUGCGGAAAAAGGUCGUUCGCAGAAGGAUAAUUAGUGAGGGACUUAGAGUUGAUGGAAGACGUCUUGAUGAGGUCAGGCCCCUGUAUUGUGAGGCUGGUAAUUUGCCCGUACUACAUGGUUCAUCAAUCUUUUCUCGUGGAGAAACUCAGGUUCUUUGUACUGUAACCCUUGGAGCACCUGGAGAAGCUCAGCGUCUAGAUUCUUUGGUUGGUCCUCCAUCCAAGAGAUUCAUGCUUCACUACAGUUUCCCACCAUUCUGCAUUAAUGAAGUCGGUAAACGAGUUGGCCUCAACAGACGAGAAGUUGGACACGGUACCCUUGCUGAGAAAGCUCUACUUGCUGUUUUACCUCCUGAAGAUGAUUGUCCAUACACUGUUCGUGUCAAUGCAGAAGUCAUGGCAUCUGAUGGAUCAACAUCAAUGGCGUCUGUUUGUGCAGGCAGCAUGGCAUUGAUGGAUGCUGGCAUUCCACUGGGAGAACAUGUAGCAGGUCUGUCAGUGGGCCUUGUCAGUGAAACCGAUCCCUCAACUGGUGAAAUCACAGACUACAGAAUAUUAACUGAUAUCCUGGGUUUGGAGGAUCAUCUAGGGGAUAUGGACUUCAAAAUUGCUGGAACCCGAAAUGGAGUUACAGCAAUUCAGUUGGACAUAAAGCCUGCGGGAAUCCCUUUAGACAUCAUAUGUGAGAGUUUGGAGCCCGCACGUAAAGGUCGGCUUCAAAUCCUUGAUCAUAUGGAGCGAGAGAUAAAUGUACCACGUACUCAGGAUGGCAGAAACUCCCCCCGGAUAUUGACCUUAAAGUAUAGCAAUGAUGCUAUCCGCCGGUUAAUUGGUCCUCUUGGUGCCUUGAAGAUAAAAAUUGAAGAAGAAACAGGUGGAAGGAUUUCAGUGAGUGAUGGUUUACUUACCAUUGUUGCUAAAAAUCAAUCAGUAUUGGAUAAAGUGAUGGAAAAGAUUGAGUUCAUCGUGGGUCGUGAGAUUGUAAAGGGAGGCAUAUAUAAAGGCAUUGUAACAUCAAUUAAGGAAUAUGGUGCCUUUGUGGAGUUCAAUGGAGGCCAGCAAGGUCUCCUGCAUAUUUCUGAGUUGUCGCAUGAACCGGUGUCCCGAGUUUCUGAUGUGGUUUCAGUCGGCCAAGUACUGAACCUAAUGUGCAUUGGAUUGGACGUGCGUGGUAAUAUUAACUUAUCUCUCAAAGCUAUUCUACCUAAACUGGGAUCAAACACAGACCCUGCAGUAGGAGAAUCUGUUGCUCCUGUGCCACAACCACCUAAAGUCUGGAAGCCUGUUAACAAUGUCCAAAAGGACCGAGAAAGUAAAGAUGAUCCACCAAUGGGUGUUGGGGAGAGCCUGUCAUCAAUUGUGAUCCGAAGUGCUGCUGAAUGUGACGAUGAGGAAAAAUCUGCUGGUCUGAAUCGGAGUUGUAAAGGUGAGGUUCCGAUGGAUGCGAAAAAAUUGAAGCUUGGGACUGAAGUGACAGCUAAAGUUCAUCAAAUUCGUGCACACGGGCUGGUCCUUGAUUUGGGUGGUGGCAUCCGUGGGAUGUUUCGGUUUGAGACUGGUUCCAGGAGAGACUUUGAGGUUGGUGAGGAGAUGCGAGUAAAGUGCUCUAGUUUCUCCAGCAAGGGGAUCCCUGUAAUGACUUUGGUGCGGAAGUAGGAGUCUUCUCUUGAUCAUAUUACUUGCGAGUACAAUGCUCGGCAAGUAGCUCGAACUUUGACAUAAACUCCAGACCCUUGCCAGUAACUGGAGGUGUAGCGUCAGCAAAACGUGUACAAUGUUCUUGGACCUGAUUGCAUCAGAGGCAAUAUUCCAGGUAGCUUUCAUGCUUCCUAAGGGAAAGCUUAUAUAUCAAAACAUAAUCUGCAGAUGAGUCACACAAUAUAGAGCAACUACAAUUUUGAUUAUUUAGAUAUUCGUCCUAAGUCAAGAGUAGUGUAAAAUUUUUGUACCGUAUAUUCUUUUUAUGUAUAUUUAACUGCCUUUUCCCUGGAGGAACAAGAAUUAUGUAAUGAUGAGAGUAGUUUACCCGUUGGAAUAAGUUAAUGUUCUCAAGAACGAUGUUUUCGAACUCUUAUGUGGGUGAAAUUUUGUAGUCGUUCCUCGAAUAUGGAAUACUUUUUACCAAUCUUUUACUGGAUGCAA